ACCCUGAGUGCAGCUCGCUGUUACCGACGCCGCUCGCGAGCCCGACGUCGCUGGAGCGGAGCGAGCGACGGGGAGGGGGGGGGCAGCGCGAGCGUCACCGCGGAGAACCGGGAACGCGCAGCGUGUGUGGAAGAAGCAAGAGGGAAGGCGGCGACGAGAGCUGGAAAUAAAUACAUCACAUCCACCUGGAUUGCGUGCAAGUCCGCUGUCUUUUGUCAUGAACCCAGUUUACAGCCCUGUACAGCCAGGAGCCCCGUAUGGGAAUCCCAAGAACAUGGCCUACACAGGCUAUCCUGGAGGAUAUCCCACUACAGCACCUACCUACACCCCGAAUCUGUACCAGACUGGCAGUCCAGGCUACCCUCCAGGAUAUGCAGCUGGGACCCCCUACAAGGUCCCCCCCACCCAAACUAAUGGAGCCCCCCCACCCUACUCCCCAUCACCCAGCCCCUACCAGACGGCCAUGUACCCCAUCAGAAGUGCCUACCCCCAGCAGAAUCUCUAUGCCCAGGGGGCGUACUACACACAGCCUGUGUAUGCUGCUCAACCGCAUGUGAUCCACCAUACCACAGUGGUGCAGCCCAAUAGUAUCCCUUCAGCAAUCUAUCCUGCACCUGUGCCUGCCCCACGCUCUAAUGGCAUGGCGGUGGGCAUGGUGGCUGGCACAACUAUGGCCAUGUCAGCAGGGACCUUGCUCACUACACCCCAGCACACACAGCAUAUUGGUGCACAUCCUGUUGCUGUGCCGACAUACAGGCCUCAAGGGACGCCUGGGUACAGCUAUGUGCCACCGCACUGGUAAACCAUAUCAGGAGAUCAACAUUGUACGCAACUUCUCAAGUCCUUUGCUGGUGCUGGGUUGUUAACAUCGGCGCCUGAAGUCUGUUUGCAAGUACAAGAAAAAAGUGCAAGGGUCACUUUAUGCAUUCAUUAGUGUUUUUUGAGAGCUGCUUUUUUUCAUUCGUUUGGAGACUUUUUUUUUUUUUACAUUUUCAUAUACUCCAGGUUUACCGUAACUUACAGUAGUUCAUCAGUCUCUCAUUUUUGGUGGUUCAUGCUGGGGAAACUUUCAUAUCUUUUUUUUCCUGCCAAAUUUUCUGACUUAGCACUGUCAUCAGCCCCCCUUUGCUAUUCUGGGUGAUUUCUACAGAAGGGAUUGCAGAUAUUAUGAAGUAUAAUUUAUUUUUCUUUUCUGUUUGCGAUCAUAUUUUUUUUUGACCUUACCUUUCCCCUGAAAUGUAGUCUUCCAGCUUGUAGCAGAGUGUUAAGCAGACACAUUUAAAUUUAUGUCCACUGUAACAACAGAUUCUUGUAAUCCUUUUGCAAAGAAUGACACAGUGCUCUCAUACAUCAUGUAGAGGACAACUAUACAGUGGACUCAAUUAGCUUGUACGUAAUAUUAUAGCACAGAAUUUUAAGAUGUAUGAAUUUGAUAUUUACACACAGACUCGAUCUAUACUGUAUAUAUAAAAUUAAUCUGUAUUUAACACAGCAAAGAAUUAAAGGGAUUUUUAAGCAACAUAUUCAUAAGAUUUCCAUAGUAAAAAAUUAUUAGUCGGUGCAUUCCCGGACACCAUCCUGAUCAUUUUAGCACUCUGAUCCCAGGUGCAAGAUGAGUUCAGUUGGCUGGUUGAGUUAAGGGAGUUAAGAGCUAAGGUUACUGUGACAAGUGUCCACGGAGGGCAGACAUACCCAGCGCUGCCAUUCAGACUUGGGUUUUAAGAGCCAGUUUGAGGCUCUGCAGGCAAUAUGCAAUGAGUACUUCCUCGUUGUGGCCUGGUGGGGGCAGCAUGGAGUCAUAGGAACUCUUGUAGGAGUUUUAGGAACUGAAGGGAAUAGCAGGUAGAGUUACGAGGAGUUAUGGUUACCUAAAGUUGGCAAGACCCCUUUUCAAGUGAGAAUACUAUGUUCUUGCAUAAAUUCAUAAUGUACUGGAAAAAAGUCACAGAAAGAUAUACAGUAAUCUAUGCUAUAAAUAGGUACUUAAGAUGCUGCUCUGAUCCAUAAAUAAAUUUGAGAUGUUUAACUAAUUGUCACAUAAAUAAAAAUCAUAAUUUUUUUUGUUUUGCUAAGGUCAAUUAACUACAAUGUAACAUGGAAACAUGCCUUUUAAUUUAGGAAAGAGCAGCUUGGCAUGACUGUAGCUUAUGGGAAGUGUUGCUAACUUCCUGCUAAACGAUGAUCAGAUAAAAUGUGUUUCUUUAUGGAGAGGGAUGAUGAAUACUGCCCCCCCCGUACAACACCAAAUUUUUCUACAAAAAACACGUAUAUUGAUGGAAAUAAACUCUGAGAGAGUUUACUUCAACUCUACACAUUGUUUACAUUUUCCCACUUAUAGUGCUUUACUUUUUUUGGCUCAUCAGAAUUUUCAGAACUUAAGUAUGGUAUAGUGAACUGCUUUCAACACAUGGAACCAUAGAAUAGAUAAUAAAAAUAAUAAUAGAAAGCAUGAGCCAGCCAUGCCCCUGUCCCCCCACCCCCCACUCAACUGGCAGUGGUCAGCCAGUCCUUUUGUAGCUUAAUACAUUCCAUUCAGGUUAUUUAAACAAGAAAAACAAAGAUAUUUUAAUUUUUAGUUUACAUUACAUUUAUUUAUUUAG